AAUUGUGGGCGUGAAGCAUGAAUAGGGUGAUCGGGAAAUACACCACGCCACCUCCUAUCCUCACAUGCAGUAACUCCGCGUUGUUUCAAAGCCGGUUUCAGAGUCAGACUGAGGAAUAAAGCGGGCUCAUGGCUUUAUUAGUGCUCAGGUUUAACUCGAUAGAACCCAGCCUUUUACACAGACGCUGCCGGAUGAACUGAAGUCCUGGAUGGUAAAGAAAGCAGUGGUGAAAACAUCAUUAUGGUGGCGGGUGAGAUGUUUCAGGAACCAGUGAGGCAUGGUGACACACCUGCCGCAGACGGAGACAGGAGCGCGGAUCAGUACGACACUGUAACGGAGUGCGCAGCGAAAGUGGCCGUGGGGGAAGUGAAGGAGCCGGAGAGGGAGCUUUCACCCGCGGAGAGCCACGCAAUGCUUCCCGGAGAGGAGCAGAAACCUCUCCAGACCCGGCUAUACCGCAGGCGUUUUGCAGUGCUCGCCAUCUUCAGCCUGUACUCUCUGCUCAAUGCGUUUCAGUGGAUCCAGUACAGCAUCAUCAGCAACAUAUUUAUACACUUCUACGGCGUGACGAACGUGAUGAUAGACUGGCUGUCGGUGGUGUACAUGGUGGCGUACAUACCGCUCAUCUUCCCCGCUACCUGGUUGCUGGACCGCAAGGGGCUGCGUGUAACGGCGCUAAUCGGGUCCGGACUCAACUGCGCAGGCGCGUGGAUGAAGUGCGCGAGCGCCGGGCCCGGGCUGUUCUGGGUCACCAUGGCAGCGCAGGUCGUGUGCUCUGUGGCUCAGGUGUUCAUUCUCGGGCUGCCGUCCAGAAUCGCCUCAGUGUGGUUCGGCCCGAGAGAGGUGUCCACUGCCUGUGCUACAGCCGUGCUGGGAAACCAGCUGGGUGUAGCCAUAGGGUUUCUGCUCCCUCCUGUCCUGGUCCCUAACACACCAGAGGAAGGUAAAGAACAGAUGGGCUACAAUAUAAGCAUAAUGUUCUAUGGGACAGCUGCCAUCUCCACCUUGCUCUUCAUUUUGACAGUCAUUGUCAUUCGAGACAGACCCAUUUUACCCCCAAGUCAAGCGCAGGCAGUCUUGCCGACAGGCCUAGCGGAAGAUUAUUCCUAUAAGCAGUCCAUCAUUAAUCUGUUCAAGAGCAAGCCGUUCAUCCUGCUCCUGCUGAGUUACGGCAUCAUGACAGGCUCGUUCUAUUCAGUGUCCACUCUCCUCAACCAAAUGAUCAUCACUCAUUAUAAGGGAGAGGAGCUGAACGCAGGCAGAAUCGGCCUCACCCUGGUCGUGGCUGGAAUGGUAGGAUCCAUCCUUUGCGGGCUGUGGCUGGAUCGUACCAAAACCUACAAAAUGACGACGCUGAUCGUGUACAUUCUCUCCUUCCUCGGCAUGCUGGUGUUCACGUUCACGCUGGACCUGGGCCAUCUCCUCGUGGUCUUCUUCACUGCAGGAGCACUUGGGUUUUUUAUGACCGGAUACCUGCCCAUUGGUUUCGAAUUUGCUGUUGAAAUCACCUACCCGGAGUCCGAAGGCACUUCAUCCGGUCUUCUUAAUGCAUUCGCUCAGUUGUUUGGGAUCAUUUUCACAUUUAUUCAAGGGAAGCUCACCACAGACUACAACCCGCUGGUCGGAAACAUCUUCCUGUGUGCCUGGAUAUUCAUCGGCAUCAUUUUAACAGCGUUGAUAAAAUCAGAGCUGAAAAGAAAUGACAUCAAUACAGGCAACAGCAAAUGUCAGGCGCUUCCUACUGAGUGUCCUGUGGAGAAGGCGGCCAAUGGUGUAAAGCUGGAUUUAUCACGCGAGACCACACUGUAAGCCCACAGAGACUGUGCUCCACCUCCACACCACCAUCAUCGCAAACUCAGCCUGGCUUACUUGAAUUUUCUAUACUGUAAUUACUCAUGGAGUUGUUGAAAUUGCUGAGUAAGCUUUAAUGCCAUUAUCUGUAUUUGUUUAGUGCUCAAAAUAUUCGUAUCUGUUUUCAUAUUCGGAUUUAAACCAGAAGGGAUUUAUUUAUUUAUUUGACCUGGAAAACAGUCAGGGGAGGCAUUUUUUAUUCACAAAUUAUAACAACUUUAUUUUUAUUUAUUUAUUUUUAAAUUAUAUAACUUUAGUCCUGUGGAAACUUCUGGAAAGCUUUCUGUCUAAGUAAGAAAGCUAACUAUGUCGAAAGCAACAAUGUCCUUUCCAUAUCAACAAACUUAUUUAUUAUUUGGGUUCUUUACAUUCCAGAAAGAUCAGAAACGGUCGUUGGACAUGUGAUCAGAUUCUUUUAUAAAGCCAGACACACUCCAAGUGCUUCUGGGUUUCUUUAAGAAUCACACACACUACCAGUCAAAAGUUUGGAGACACUUUGGAGACUGAAAGACUGAAAUGUUUCUCCUGAUCUUAAAAAUCUUUUCAUCUGAAGGUGUAUGAAUAAAAAUCGGUGUUGAAAUCGGUCUUGUAAGCAAAAAUAUUAUUGUGCCAAGAGAAAAUCUCAAGAAUACAUUUCUGGAAAAUCUAGGCAAAAAGGGUGUCCACUUUGAAGAUGCUAAAAUACAAAAUUAUUUUUGAUUUAUUUCAGUUUUUUAUCACAACAUGAUUCCCAUAGUUCCUUUUGUGUUACUCCAGAGUUUUCAUGACUUUGUUAUUAUUAUUUAUAAAUUGUGGAAUAAUGAUUAAUAAUAAAUAUAUAUUUUUAAAUAAAUAAAAAUAAAGAAUUAAUGUGUCUAAACUUUUGACUGGUAGUGUUAAAUACACUAUAUAAAAAAUCCAAAAUGUUCACUGCUCUUAACUUUUCCCACAAAAAGAGUGAGGAAAUGAAUAAAAAUAUGCCUAGCUUUUCCCAUGUCUGAACAUUUUGUUCUAGUUUCAAGUCGGUAGGUUUUGAGGUGUUUGUUUAUUUGGAUGGGAAUUUUGUUUAAACCUGGCAAUCUCUGCACAAACUGCCAUGUUUUUUUUUUGUAAACUUCACAUUUAAAUAAAAACCCUAAGUAACAUUUUUUUAUCUGGUUUGUUCUGUGAGGUCCCGAUGUGCGCACACAGUCUGAAGUAGAAAAACAAAAGCAAAAAAAAAGAAUGAAUUUUUAGUGAUGUUGUUAAUGGCACUCGAUAGUUAAGUAUUAUAGUAGCCAAGCCUUAUUCCUGAUUGGUUUAUUUUGAUAACAUUUAGGUUUCUUUUCCCCAUCCCUACCUAAUGCUUUUUAAUGUCUUGUGAUUAGUUUUAUUUUUGUCCAUGCGUUGCGUUAUAACCCCAAUUCCAAAAAAGUUGGGAUGCUAUGUAAAUAAAAACCGAUUGUAAUGAUCUGCAUAUUUCAUAAACCCAUGUUAUUCGCAAUAGAACAUCAAAAACAUAUCAAAUGUUUAAACUGAGGAAAUGUACAAUUUUUAAGAUACUUGAAGAUACUCUUUUUAUACCCAAUCAUGUUUCUGACUUGUUGCCAAUUACCCCGCCCAUGUUUUUUAAAGACGUGUUGCAGCAAUCAAAUUCAAAAUGACCUUAUUUUUUCUUAAAAUGGUACAUUUUUCUAUGUUCUAUUGUGAAUAACAUAUGGGUUUAUAAGAUAUGUAAAUCAUUGCAUUCUGUUCUUAUUUACAUUUUACACUGUCUCCCAACUUUUUUGGAAUUGUGGUUGUAAAUCAGCAAGAUAAAUGCCCAAGAUUGACUGAGCAAUUAAAGCACAAAUCAGUGCCGCAUUCAGCACUUCUCAACCAUGCAUCUGUAAAGCAGAGCACAGGAUUUACCAACCCUUCAUAUAGCAUAAAACAUCAGCCAAGGUCACUAUGAAGGAGUUUAUUUCCAGUUAAAGAUGAUUAUGGGGUAGUCAUGGUAGCUGAAGGGACCACGUAAGCACAUGUUAGUUGUAACGCUGAGAAACAGCCCUCGCACAUCGAGUAGUUUUACCUGAUAAUGUAAUGUGCAAAGCCAUUAGUGUGCAUGUUGUCGGAUUAGCUAGCAAAUUACACAAUUAUGACAUUCCUUUUAAUGUCAUGAUGCUCAAUUCCUAUUUUUUUACACCGUGCCUUUGCGGUUACUUCUGAGCCAAUAGAAAACAUAAACUGCACACGAUCCUAUGGCACAUGUUUUAAUAUUUUAUGAACAAUCAUGAUUUAAUGAGAGACUUUAGUAUUCUCUGUGAUUCUGCUGUGAAAUAUAUUCUAAAAGGUCAUCUGUGGGUAUUUGUUCCAUGGUAGCAUCUGUUAUGUAGCAUGUGGCUAAUGAAUGUAUAUACAGUAGAUAUCUCUCAUUUUGCUGCAGUACUUUAGACCAGUGUUUCCCAACCGGGGUGCCAUCUGAUAAGAGCAAGGGUGCCAUGUAAAAAUCCUUCAAACAUUUCUAAAAUGCUACAAUGUGUAUAAAACAUUUAAUAUGUAUGAUAAAUAUCUGAUGCCUGAAAUAAUAAGCCAGACACACACAUGCAUAAUAAUAAUAUUCUUAUAAUAAUAAUAAUAAUAAUAAAAUGUUGAUGAAAAAAUCUUUUUCUGGGCAUUUAAAAAAUGGAGCAUUGGACAUAAUUAGGCCGUUCUACAACUGCACCAAAACACUGUUGCCAGUUUUGUAACUAUUCAAAACAAUAUUAUCUAAAAAUACAUUAAUAAAUAAAAAGAACAUAAAUGCAUUGAUUUUUUAAGUAAAGAUUUUGCAAGAAAAAACUAUCAGUAUUCCCCAUGUCUACUAUUGUUACUAAAGCUAUUGCUUUCAGUAUGCGGUACGGAAGGGUGGAUUAUACACAUAUACAUACACACGUUCGGAGGUAAACUGACCAUCUGAUGAGACAACUGGACGUCCAGAUAAUCGUGGAAAUUCUUCUGACUCACAGCCCAUAUGUGGAAACUUCCUGUUUAUUUAUGCCUUAACCAAUCAGAAUCAUUCAACCUGUUGUAAUGACUAGCUUAGUGAUUGUGUGAAAGUAUAACUGUAGCUGUAAUGAGUAUGUAUGCAGAGUGACCUAUGAUCUUGCUGAGUGUUGAAGCUGACUUCUGCUGAUGAAACUGAAAACUGUUCUUCAGUAAAAAACUUUCUUCAAUUGA